CAACUUCAUUCACUCGUCUCACUCACACUCCCACUUCUCUCUGUUCUCCAUUCACACUCUGUUUUCACUCUGUCCUCUGUCUUCAUCACCCAUGUCUCCUUCACCUUCGUCCAUGGAGUCCCAUCACUUCAGGGGCGUCCGGAAGCGUCCAUGGGGCCGCUUCGCCGCCGAGAUCCGCGACCCCUGGAAGAAGACCCGCAAGUGGCUUGGCACCUUCGACACCGCUGAGGAAGCCGCCAGGGCCUACGACCACGCCGCCAGAACGCUCCGCGGCCCCAAGGCCAAGACCAACUUCUCCUACGACUCCGGCGGAUUUUUCCCGCCGCAUCCUGUCAAGUUCUGGGGACCUCCGGCUUUCUUCGCCGGAGUGCCGGUGAGAUCGGAGUACCAGGGUUACAAGCUAGAGACUAUUGCGGGUGCUGUGGUGAACAAGGAGGAGAAGAAGAAGCCCUUUUUGUUUGACCUUAACCUGCCGGCGCCGCUCCUCUGAAGACUGAAGUCAGUCGCCGGCGAAGAAUGUUUGAAUAUAGCGCCGACAGCGACGGUGGCAUAGUUUUUUUUUUCUUUUUUAAGAAUUCGUUUCUGUUUUUUUUUUUUUUGGGUUGGAAAUUUUGGGGUGCUCCUGUGCCUUUGAUGUUAUGUAUAGAGCAGCUUCACAGGUUUGGACAUUUUGGAGCACCAUUUUAACUAGAUGCCGGCGAAGGUGUAUGUUUUUUUAUCUAAUCAAACAACUUUAAUUUUGUAUUA